UUCUCUGUCUACUGUGAAUCAUCAUCUCGCCGUGUUGUAUAACGAUAUUGGACAGUACGACAAAGCGGCGAACCUCAUGACAAAAAGUUUAAACCUAAGUAGGGGAAUCUUACAGGAAAAUCAUCUUGGCGUUGCUAUAGCUCUAGUGUCGCUUGGUCACAUUCUACUUGACAAGGGAGAUUUCAACGAGGCCGUUGUCCAUCUUGAAUCAGGCGUAUCUAUCCUACGAGAAAAAUUACCGAAUAGUCAUUUUACAGCAACAGGUCUGUAUGAUCUUGCAUUUGCUGCACUGAAACGAAACCAAUUGACAGAGGCAUAUAAUCACGCCACUCAAAGUUUACGUCUGCACCAGUAUAUUUACCCAAAUAAUCACAAAUAUAUAGUCUAUGCUCAAGAGUUGCUUCAUAAAAUCAAAGAAAAGCUAUCGACAUCAUUAAUUGUAGUAAAUGAUCGUGACAUUAGCAAAGUAACAUCUGGUAAUAAAGAUGUGUGAAAAUAGUUAUAGAUAGG